AUGAUCUACGAACUCCGUAUCUACACCACCAUCCCGGGCCGGAUGCCCAAUCUGCUGGCUCGUUUUGAGAACCACACGCUCCGAAUCUGGCAGAAGCACGGCAUCAAGCAAUUGGGUUUCUGGACGACGCUCGUCGGCCCUGACGCCAACGACCUGACGUACAUGCUGGCGUGGGAGUCGCUGGCCGAGCGCGAGCAGAAGUGGAACGCCUUCUUCGCCGACCCGGAGUGGAUCGAGGCGCGCGCCGCCAGCGAGCGCGACGGGCCCAUCAACGCGAAGGUCGCGAGCAGCUUCCUCGUGCCGACCAAGUUCUCGGCCAUCCAAUGA